AUAACAGGAUGCGCUCAUAUUGAUGCUAAAGAACUAAUCAAUUCACAUACCCCUGUUGGAUAUUAUUUACAUAUUACUGCUAUGUUUACCGAAAUCUCUACUGGGGUUAAAAUAAAAGAAACAGCCCGAAGUCCUAAUAUGGUGUUGAAGUCUAAAGCCAUGUCACUAAUUGAUGUUCCUCAGAAAUUUAAACCUGGUUUUCCAAUAAAAUUUAAGGUCCAGAUUAAAUACCUUGAUGGGACACCUGUAACUGAUGGAACAAUACGAGUUGACGUGUCUGAACGUCAGCACAAUGUUCGAACAUCAAGUAAAAUAUUCCGCAGGUGGUAUUCUGUGGCAAACGGUGUGAUUGUUGUCCCCCUAGAGAACGUGUCGCCUUACGCAAAGGCACUCACCUUUACGGCCAACUACAACUCAGACCAAUUGUUGAAAGUAAAAACUUCCAAUUCUUGGUACUCUCCAAGUUUGUGUUUUUUGAAAUUGGUCUUACCUGAUCACGGCUUACCUGCGAAGGUCGGAAGCGAAGGAUCUGUGAAAGUCUUUUACACUGUCCCUGAUAACAUGCGAAGAAAUAUUCCAUUCUUUUACAAAAUUUUGUGUAAAGGAAAUCUGCUGUUAUCUGGCGUUACUUGGAGAACACAGGAUUGGCAAACUCUGAAAAAUUCCUCGAAUCGUAAUCAUAGACAAUUUACGUAUAACAGAAGAAGCAUAGCUGGAAGAUCAAUGAAUAAAUUUGAGCUUUACUUCAAUGUUACUCAGGAAAUGGUUCCGAGUUGCAGAAUCUUAGUAUACUUUGUCAAGAUGGAUAAGGAGACUAUCGGUGACAGUGUUGUUUAUGACGUGGAAGAUAAACUUGAGAAUCAGUUGUAUGUGAAUUUCGUCGACGAAGAGAAAAAGCCCGGGGAAAAAACAACAAUUGUUAUGAAAGCCAAACCUGGCUCGCGUGUGGCUAUUUCUGCCCUGGAUAAAAGUGUUUUACUCUUGAAAGAAUCAGAUGAAAUAUCAAAAAAGGAGGCUAUUAAUUUUUUAAAUCUACAAGAAGUCGGUCCAAUGAACUCACGCCAGUACUUCACCUGUAGCCGGAAUUUGAGAAAGCCUGCUAGAACAAAUGACCAAGUCUCUCAAAUAUUUAAUAAUGCUGGUGUCAAUUUUGUUUCAAAUUUGAGGAUUUUUACUCGGCCUUGCAUUCGUCCUCGCCCCCGACCAAUGCCACGUCGAAUUAGAUUUUGGCGACGAUAUUUUUAUGAAGGAAGAACAAAGCAUAACUGGAGGAGUACAUCUCGCCGGAGAAAUGCAUUUUUGCCUCAUCAUGAUGGUGGCUUUAUGAAACUUAUGUCGGCUGCCAGCAGUUCCAGCCGCCCCGCUCCAUCGGUUCCAAGAAAGGUUCAAUGGAAGUCAAAAAAAAAAUUCACUUCCCCUAAAAAGAAGGAAAAAAAACCUGCAAAGAAGUUCUCAGUAGCAGUUCGUAAAUAUUUUCCGGAGACAUGGUUAUGGACAGACAUCAAACUAAAAAAAGUAAAUAUUGUUAUGUUAUAA